GGUUACUAUACUAUUACUAAACAACCCACUGACUUAAACUAUCAAUUUCUUUAGUUUUAUUUGUUUAGAAUAAUAAAUUUAUUUCCAUCAAGAACAGAACAAUUCCUCUUGUUUAAUAGCAGCAGUAAUUUGAAAGAUCUUUAUUCAAGAUUCUUCAUCUCUGUUUUACUGACGCCUCCCAGCACAGUUGCUGACAUGUGAUUGGUCCAUUUCUCCCAUCUCAGCUUCCUAUUUGCUGUUCCUCUCCCACGAAGAUUAUCUCCCAGCAAUGCAGAGCUGACCUCCGACGUCUCUCCACGGAGACAGCGGAAACCUUUCAAACAACUCUGAUUCAUCAUGAGUGCUUCCUCGAGUUUUGAAGAAGCUGCAUCUCACCUGAGACAAGCCAUAUGUGACAACAAGUUGGCGUCUUUGCAAACCAGCGAUUUCAGAAUUUUAAUCCAUGAAACAUCAAGCAACAAGGUUCCAACUUUAUUACAAGAACAAGUUUUAGAAGAUCUUCUAGCUGUCUUAAGCAGUAAUCAACUUAGCCAUAAUAACCACAUAGUAGCAGCAACAGCCUACUGCAAGAUCGUCUCAAAUGUCAAACAAGAAAUGGAUAAAAUAUUAAGUGUUUUCAUCAAAGAGUUUGUCGAUAAUCAGUUUCAUGAAUGUUCUUUAUUCCUGUGUCAUGGAAUUUUCCAAUUAAGCUGUUGGAAAUCACCAAGCAAAACUGGAGAUGUACUCUUGGAAGAAAUAUUCACAAUUGUUAAAAGGUUUUGCUGUGAACUUAAUUCUACGUGUUACCUAGCUUUCAAAGUUUUACACAGUCUUUUGAACAAAAUACACCAACUUUAUCCCACAGGAAGUGGAAUAUCUGAAGACAACUUUAAAAGUGUUUUAGACAUUGCUCUUUCCAACUGGGAAAAUCCCCUGAGUGGGGUGCGCCAACAAAAUAGCCUUGUUUUCAACCAGCUUCUGUUGUUUAGCGAAGACUAUUGGAUUGCUACACUUUCAAAAAGCACUAAUACCGAGAUAGAAUGGAAGUUCUGUGGACUUUUAAGGCAUCAAAAUUUGCUGGAACUUGUACUCUCAGAGCUAUCAUGGACUAUGAAAAGCAAAUAUUUUCUACUGUGUUCCAUCGUACAGGAUUCAAACAUACCUCAGAUUCUAAGUAAAUAUGGAGAAGAAAUAAUCAAUGGGCUGAUUAUCAGCUUAUCAAUUCCUUAUCUAGUAUCAGCUGGGACUGACCUGUAUCUUGCUCUUUUGGCAUCACUGUCUCUGAAGGAUUGGCAACACUGGUUUUUAAAACCAUUCAGUAAAAUAAUAUCACAUGAAGAGCUGAGUUUGGGGAUGGAAAACAUUUUCAACUACUGGACGAAUCAGACAUUGAAAAAGUUCCCCUCAGUUUUUGAGAUGUUGGUUUCAGAAACUGGAAGUAGCUUGUAUUCCCUAAUAACACUUCAAAAAAUUGGUAGAAAAGAGGGACUAUUUAAAUGGGAGGACUUGGACAACCAAACUCUCGAAGCUGCAAUGAUACAUCACUCUGAGAAGAUUCGGUCACAGUUAUUCUCACUUGUCUGCACUUGUUCAAAUAACUUGUCUCCUCCAAACAAUGAAGAGGUUGACUUUGCCAUAAAGUUUUUAAAGCAAAAUAUCAAUUCAGACGAUUCUGCUUUAAGGCAAAACUUACUCAAAUCCCUCAAUAAUUUAAUGUUAAGAAUUAGAGAUUCAAUUUUGUUAGUGGCGCACCGCAAAGAUGUAAGUAACUGUCCUUUCACUUACAAUUUUGUAAACGAUAAUCCUUUAAAAGACAGUAUUAACUUUUUAAAGUGGCUCCAUUCAUUUCUGCUAAUAAAUCUUGAAGAUAGGUGUAAUUAUCAGAGAAAAAUCACUUCUCUUGAAAUCUAUAAAAUAGUCUUCAGCUAUUUAGGUGAAGAUGAGGCGGGAAAUCAGUAUAAAAGAAAAAGUAACAACAAUAGUUUUAAUAUAAGAAGCUUUGAAGGUUAUAGCGAUGUUUUUAGAUUUGAGUGUUAUCAGGAUCUAAAAGCACUUGUCAAUUGUCUUUUCCAUGAGGAUAACGGUAUACGUUCAUCUGCUGCUAACAUUCUCAUUUCUUAUUAUAAUAUCACAGAGUCAAUUGGUUUUGAAUUACAAUUUCAAGAACUGUUUGACAAAGGGAUAGCCUUGAGCAAAGACCAGAUGUUCUACAAGGCUGAAAGUGGAGCAGUCAUUGUCAAAGUUUUGGUUUCAAUGGUGUACAAAUCCUCAUCAAGAGAAUUGAAAGAACUAAUCAACAAAGGAAGUGAUAAUUUCAUCAACGUCUUGCUGGCGUCUGCUCAAGAACAGUUCACUCAGCUCAGAGAAGAUCUGUUGAAAGCAGCCUCUCAAGGGGCAUUCUUGUAUGGAACCCUACAGAUAAUUGAAUUGCUAACAUCAGAUCCUGCCGACCCUGAACUGUCUUUAAAGGAUGAUCAACAAAAAAGAUUGUUGAAGCUGAUUGAAGAAGUAACUGAUUACUUUGUUUCGGUUUUGGCCUCCAAGUCGGAAUCAACAUCAGACUAUGCACCUUCGUUUGGAGAGAUGGGCGUGGCCAUUGCAGCGAUUGUUGAAGGAUCUUCUGCAGAAAGUUCUGUGUUGUGUGAAGUGGCAACAGACAACACCAUGAGUGAUCUUCAGUUGACUCCAGCCCAACAGCUGGUCCUCAACUGUAUAUGGUUGAAUCUCAAGGCAUGUACAAAGCUAUGUAGCAAAUUAGUAUCCUCACCUAUGAAUGUGAGGGACAGCAAGAGGUGUGUCUCCGUUGUGGUGUCUGUGCUUAAGAAGUGUCGACACAAAGGAGCUAUUGAAUCUGCUGGUCUCGCCCUCUACAAUAUCUGCAGCCACCUGACAAAAAGUGAUGAGCCUGAACUUGUCAACCUUCCGGAAGAGCUGUUGAAGGACUUCCUACAGAAUUUGAUCGGUACCACUGCAGCCACCGUAUCUCGUAGAUCUGCCGGUUUGGCGAUCCUGGUACAUCGACUUAUCACUGGGGACUCUCGGGCAAAAAAGCCACUGUUGCACUUGUGCGUCUCAAGAUUACUAUCAGUUGCGGAAGACUCAAAUGUGUCAGAACACGCUGCCCUUGUUGAUCUACCUCAAAGUCAAGCGCUGCACUUCUUGCGUACUCUUGUCCAGGAGUCAAGCUUAAGAGAACACAUGGUUCAGUAUACACUCAACAUAUCAUUAGUGGCUCUGAACAACCUGGCCUCCCCGCUAUGGACUAUAAGAAAUGCAGCACUUCAGUUGUUUGGAGCUCUGGUACCAAAAUUGGUGGGUCAAAAACCCAACCAGGAACAAGGAGGAGGACAGUACAAUCUAUCUUUUGAGGAACUUUACACACAUGCUCAGCCCUUGGUGGAAUUGAUUCUCGAAGAAUUAAGUUCUGCCGUCAGUUGUGACUCGAUAACUUCCCAUUCAAAAGUGUUGCCGAUGUUGACUUUAGUCACAAAUUUGACCCUGGGAUUGCAAGCAGUGUUGACACCGGAGAUAAUGAACACGAUACAACGUUUUCAACAGUGUUUCUAUGCGCUUUUCAAAAGCAGGAUUUUUAAUGUGCGAAAGCUAAGUGGCAAAGCUUCUGCUUUGUUUGCUACCCCUUCCUCAUUAGCUAGAAUGAUUGAAGAAACUGCAAUGAUAGUGAUUAACUACAUUGAAGGAAAAGAGAAUGUUAUUCAAUCAGAAAAUGAGUUGAAUGGUUACGUUUUCAACUUGACACACUUAUUUCAACGGUUUGAAGAAGAUAAAAGAGGAAUGAGUGUGUUGAUGGAUAAGGAAAACAAAGUUCACACAAUACUUGAAGAAUUGGGGGAUAAAUUGAUUUCAGCUCAAUGUUCAUAUUUCACCAAAGCAUUGGUGUUUGAGUUAAAAUGGUCAGCCAAUGUGGACACUUUAUUCACUAUGAUUAGUUCUAACAUUGGUAAAAACUCAUUAGGGUUUUCUUAUUUUAUCGAAAAAAUGAUUAAAAAAUUAAUUUUAACUUCAAGUACGAAUGAGGUUGAGAAUAUUGUGCAUGACUGUUUGCUGAAGAAAACUUGCUACGAUGUUCAGCAUUCCUGUUUGAAAGCUCUAACUAGGUAUGGAUCAAAACAGAAUUUUGAAUCUAACCACAUUUGUGUGAUAUUCAGUACUCUCAAAGAAUAUCUUCUUUUAAAAAAACACAACCUGUCCCUAGAACCCCUUGUGUUUGAAACUCUUCUAAAUCUUUUGGAACAAGUGAAAGAUUCAAGUUUAUCCAUCCCUUCAGAAUAUUUCUGCUCUGAGCUGUUAUCAUAUUGCUUGAAUGUUCUUUAUUCUCGUGAGACUUUGAUUACCGUAACUAACAUCGUAUUGCCAAUCACUUGUGCUCUGUUCUAUGCUGGAGAUACCUGCAGUUUGGAUGAUUUGUUGAAAGUAUCCACAAUGAUUAAAACUAGAUCUGAGAAUCUGCUUGAUCAGGAUCUAAGACUCAGUGCAGCUAAGUCGAUGGAUUUCCUUUGCAGAACAAGUAAACUAAAGAAGAACGAUUGUCGACAGCUCAUAUGGAAAGCUUGUGUUGAUUUAUUGCAAGAUGAAGUACCUGAGAUUAGAUAUGAAACAAGCAAAUGUAUCUCAUUUCUAACAAGUAGACAGACCAAGUUUGUUCUGAACCCUUAUGUUUCCCUAGAAUACCUCUUCCAGCCUGAUAUUUGCCUAAAGUUUAUGACAAUCGAAACAAAUCUUAAUUGGAUUACUGAGAAAUUUGCUGAAAAGUAUACAGUAAAUUCGGCAGGUAUCUACAAUCCCUUUGAUCAUGGAGUGAAAAGUAUUUUUGCUGAAGACAAUGUAGUUUGUAGAUUAGCAGCAGAAGGUUUAUAUAAAGGUAAACCGAAUGUGGGCGAUAUAUGUGGUUACAUAGACAAUUAUGUAGAAGACGGGUUUUUUGGCAUCUUUGUGAGAAGUUGUUUUCUGGAGUACAAAUUUUGUAGUUUAUAGUUCAGCUACAAAAGAAUUAAAAUUAAAGCAAGAGAAGACAAAAUGAAAAUAAUUUCAAAAGUGAAUAGUAAGUAAACAAAAGACAAUUCCUUUAUGAAACGCUUCACCACUUUCAACCACAGUAUGAAUUUUUUUUAUAAGUAUUAAUUUAAUUUCAGGUAAGAAUGGAUACGUAAAAAUUUCAUAAACCUGAUUUUUAUAAUAUAACGUAGGUAGACAUGUGUUAACUACAGUAAAACCACCAUUUUUCAACUUUUCCUCAACCUCGACUCCCUGCAGACGAUACUGAGAAAUCACAUGCUUUUUCCAUGUGGUAUUGCUUUACGCCAUAUUGGGUACAUCAUGACUACCCUCUCUGUACCCCCUUUCUGCACUCGGAAGACGCUUAAACCAUCUCCACUUGACUGCAAUUUCCAUUGUUAUAGCAAGCUCGUAGAUUAAACAUACAUAUAGUCACCCAAAGUAUCAUCUAUAGAUAAUUUUAUUGUUAAUUCCGCCUGUUUCACACAGAGGGUGUGUUUUUGUUUACUCAUUUAUUUAUUGUUAUUUUAAAACUAGUUCAUCCAAAUAAACCUAUCUAAUUAGACAAAAAUAGUUUGAAUUCUGGUUUUAUAACCAAACUGUAAUGCAAAACUUAUAACAUAAACCCUAAUACAAGAAAACAAAUAUUUAAUCAACUUCAUCAACAUAGCACACAUAUAAAACAAGCCUCAGGUGUUAAUUGGAUGAGGAUUACACUUUUACUAUUAGCAUUUCAAAGUCAAUGAUAUUACACUGUUUGUUAACUCCUCAUAGUCAAUACUUCUCUGCUAUAAUACUUCUAACGCCUUAGUCAAAGUGUGGACGAAUACCAGUAGCUGGGUAAACAAGUAUCAUUUCAUCUUAUGUAUAAUAGAGAUUUAAGUUACGGUAAUGGCGCAAAACAAUAAUAAAACAAACUUUUUAAGAUUUGAAGUUUUUAAUAUAUUUGAUGAUAGAGGGACUUUACCAAUUAAUGACUUUAAAAGCUUACAAUGGAUUUUAUAAAUUACUGUAUUUUCUGUUUUUCUGACCAUUCUACUUUAUCUAACCUUGCCGAGGCAGAAAUAUGAUGAUAGAGACUCUACUAAAAAACACAAGUUUAGUUAAUUUACUAAUAUAAUAAUAUAUUAUUUUAUUUUACAAGUUAUACUUUACAGUUUAUAUGUUCUGAAUCAUAGUUAUUAUGGUUAUUGUAAAUAAAUAUGUGUUUUUGCACUAACAUUUUCAAGAUUUUUUAUUUUGUUGUCAAGAUAUUGUACAGUAUACACACAUAUUUUUGCAUUGAAACGUUUUUGUUUGUAUACAUUUGUAGGGAAUAACUUACUAAAAUAGUUUAAAUACAACUAGAAAAGUAGUUAUUUUCAUUAUGUCUCUCUUCUUUAAUAUUUAUGUGCUCAAUAGUGUAAUUAUCAUAAAACACAAUCAUGAUUUUAAUAUGGUUACUGUAAAUAUUUUUUGCAGUUAUGUUUUCAACAAUAUUGUAAAGAUAUUGUAUACACAUAUUUUUGAAUUAAAAGCUUUUUGUUUGUAUACAUUUUGUAGUGAAUAACUUACUAAAAUGGUUGAAAAAUACAACUACAAAAGUAGUUAUUUUCAUGUAGAACUGUAAAUAUUCGACUGACUAAUUGGAGUGGAGAUAUUUUUCAACAAUAUAAAUUUGUUUCCUA